ACCAAACAAUCCACUAUCACUCUCUCCACCUAACCCCUUCCCACCAAUUCAUUUCAUUAUCUAUAAAUUCCCAUUCUCCGCCGCUCUCCUCCUGGUGUCACCGCAACCGCCGCCUGUUUCUCCCGUAUAAAAUUAUCCCUCAAGCUCUGGUUCAAGAUGGAUCUUCUCCUCAUAGAAAAGGCCCUCCUGGGCCUCUUCUUCGCCAUCGUAGUGGCCGUAGUUGUCUCUAAGCUUCGCGGCAAAAAGUUCAAGCUCCCGCCGGGCCCGAUCCCCGUGCCGUUGUUCGGGAACUGGCUCCAAGUCGGCGAUGACUUGAACCACCGGAACCUCACCGAGUACGCUAAGAAAUUCGGCGACGUUUUCCUUCUGAGAAUGGGGCAGAGGAAUUUGGUGGUCGUCUCGUCGCCGGAGCUCGCCAAGGAGGUUCUCCACACGCAGGGGGUCGAAUUCGGGUCUCGCACGCGGAAUGUUGUCUUCGACAUCUUCACCGGGAAGGGUCAGGACAUGGUGUUCACCGUCUACGGCGAGCACUGGCGGAAGAUGCGGAGGAUUAUGACGGUCCCGUUUUUCACCAAUAAGGUGGUCCAGCAGUACCGGGCCGGGUGGGAGGCGGAAAUUGAGAGCGUGGUGGAGGACGUGAAGAAGAAUCCGGAGUCGGCGACGACAGGAAUCGUAUUGAGGCGGCGGCUGCAGCUUAUGAUGUACAAUAACAUGUACAGGAUCAUGUUUGACAGAAGAUUUGAGAGUGAGGACGAUCCUCUGUUCAUCAAGCUGAAGGCAUUGAACGGAGAGAGGAGCAGAUUGGCUCAGAGCUUUGAGUAUAACUAUGGAGAUUUCAUUCCUGUUUUGAGACCAUUUUUGAGAGGAUACUUGAAGAUCUGCAAGGAGCUUCAGGAGAGGAGGUUGAAGCUAUUCAAGGACUUCUUUGUCGACGAAAGGAAGAAUAUUUCAAGCACAAAGAAGAUGAAUAACAACAGUCUCAAAUGUGCUAUAGAUCAUAUUCUUGAAGCGGAACAGAAGGGAGAGAUCAAUGAAGAUAACGUCCUUUACAUUGUCGAGAACAUCAAUGUGGCCGCAAUCGAAACUACGCUCUGGUCAAUUGAGUGGGGCAUUGCGGAGCUAGUCAACCAUCCACACAUCCAGAAGAAGCUCCGUCAUGAGAUCGACACAGUCCUCGGGCCUGGCGUUCAAAUCACUGAACCAGAUACCCACAAGCUUCCUUACCUUCAGGCCGUGAUCAAGGAGACUCUUCGUCUAAGAAUGGCCAUCCCACUUCUUGUCCCACACAUGAACCUCCACGAAGCCAAGCUCGGCGGGUAUGACAUUCCGGCUGAGAGCAAAAUCUUAGUCAAUGCAUGGUGGCUCGCAAACAACCCGGCCCUUUGGAAAAAGCCCGAAGAGUUCAGACCUGAAAGGUUCUUGGAAGAGGAGAAGCACGUUGAGGCCAAUGGGAAUGACUUCAGGUUCCUGCCCUUUGGGGUAGGGAGGAGGAGCUGCCCAGGGAUAAUCCUGGCGCUGCCCAUACUAGGGAUUGUCUUGGGGCGUAUAGUCCAGAAUUUCGAGCUCUUGCCGCCACCGGGGCAGUCCAAGGUUGAUACCAGUGAGAAGGGCGGGCAGUUCAGUCUUCACAUUUUGAAGCAUUCCACUAUUGUGUUAAAGCCAAGGGUCAUGUAAUUCCGCUCGUGGACGAUUCACACUUGUAUAAGCCUUAAUCUGAUGAAUCUGUUGUAGUCUUGCCUUUUGGUGUAGUGUAAUAGCAUGUUUUGAUCUAAAUACUCUUCCAGUGUAUUAUUUUAAAUCAUCACUAAUAAAGUUUCCACAAUGGUAGAAUCUGUUAUUAAGAGUUUGUAUUGUUAGUUUCAUCAAUUAAAGGUGAAAUUCAUAAGAAAUUAAGAGUAAUGUCUACUUUUAGGGAUUCCACAAUAAUAGUACCCAUUUCCC